AUGGCACUAUAUGAAAAUAUAUUUGACAAAGGACACAUGCUAGCAACUGAUAAUUGGUACACUAGCUUGCAACUGGCUUAUCGGUUAUUGGAGAAGCAAACCCAUUUAAUUGGCACAUUGCGAAAAAACAGAAGAGGAUUGCCUAAGGCUGUUGUUGAUUCGAAACUGCAAAAAGGUGAAACAAUGGCUAUGGAGAAUGAAGAUGGAGUAACUACAGUGCUUAAAUGGAAAGAUAAAAGGGACGUGCUUAUGCUGUCGACAAAGCAUUCCGACAAAAUUGCUGUGGUGGUGAAAAAAGGCAAACAGAUUCGUAAACCAAAAGUUGUUUUGGAUUAUAAUAAAUCGAAAGGGUCUGUAGACAUGAGUGACCAGAUGGGUGCCUAUUCUUCGCCAUUGCGGAAAACCGUAAAAUGGUAUAUAAAAUUGGCAAUAGAACUACUUCUAAAUACGGCAGUUGUAAAUGCUUGGGUCAUGUACAAUGAAAAUAAGCAGAGCAAAUCAUAA